CAACUUAGCUGCGAUCUUAUUUUAAAUUUUAACCCCAGCACUAAUCUACGUCGUGUCUAAUGAAGUUCUUGUUCGAGUAAGGUAUGCCAACUAGAAAUUGGAAAAAUGUUUGCCAGAGAUGACAAUGCUGAGAGACGUUCGUUAUUGGAAAAACACAACGGAGGAGUAAAAAAUCAACAUGAAGGAGUCGGUACAGGAACCAAAUCUGAGAAUGUUGAUGUUGUGGGAGGGUCGCUGGACCCGGCGAGUUUGGGUGCGGCUGCCGGUAGUGAUGGCGGCAGUGGCUCAGCCGUGGCCGUGCCAACUAUGGGACCUCCGAGCGAUCGUGCUCUUGCCGGCAAAUCUGUACUUGUAGACGAAGCUUCAGAUUUAGUUAUCCAUUCUUCUCGGUUGACUGCGGCAUUGUAUGGUUCACAACGUCCCGAUAGGCCGCAACAAAACAGAACUAAAGUACCUCAAAAAGUUCCCUUUCUUAGUUUGUACCGAUAUGCUACAGAACAAGACUGGCUCCUCCUCGUCUUGGGUGCUGUAGCGGCCCUAGCCAAUGGAUCAGCAUGGCCUAUCCUAUACCUAUUCCUGGGACUCAUGCUCGAUGAUUUUAUUAUGUUCAACACAGCCAAUGUAACGCUAACAGACUUUGAUAAUGCAACCAUGCACACUACAAGAACGUUAUUACAAUUUCCUAGUGGUGCUAAUGAAGAUGUUCUUAUAGUGUCAGAUACAUUUGAGCAGGGCGUUCAGGAGUCUUGUAUACGUUUUGCCUUGGUUGGUCUGUCUGUUAUGAUCUCGUCAUACAUCCAGACUGCAUCAUUUGGACUGACGGGGGAACGGCAGACUAACCGUCUCAGGAAGGCAUUCUUUCAUGCUAUCCUGCAUCAGGAAAUCAGCUGGUUUGAUUUUCAUCAGACAGGAGAAAUCACCUCAAAGCUUUCAGAUGAUGUAGAGAAAGUGAAGUCGGGUUAUGGAGAGAAUGUAGGCAUCUUUCUUCAGUUUUUAGGACAAAUCAUUGCAGGUUUCAUACUUGCCUUCAGUGUUAGUUGGGAACUAACUAUAGUUAUCAUGGCAGUACUGCCUGUCUUAGUCCUAUCCAGUGGCUUUAUGGCUCAUGUGAUAUCAGUGAUGACCACACAAGAAAUGCAGGCAUACUCCCAAGCUGGUGGUGUUGCUGAGGAAGUGCUUUCAUGUAUACGCACCGUGAUGGCAUUUGGUGGGCAGAAGAAGGAGCUGGAAAGAUAUGAGAAGGAGUUGUUGACUGCGAAGGCUGCAGGAAUCAAGAAGGGGAUCACCAGUGGAUUAGGCAUUGGGAUGAGCUAUCUCUUCUACUCUUGUACUUAUGCUCUGUCACUCUGGUAUGGUCCUAAGAUGGUGAGUGAAGGUCGUAUCUCUGGUGGUGAUGUUGUGACUGUAUUCUUCUGUAUCUGGUCAGGAUCAGCGUCUAUAGGUAACUUGACGCCUUCUGUUCAUGCCAUAGCAUCAGCUAGGGGAGCAGCCGUCGCCAUCUAUGAUGUUAUCGACAGUGAACCCGAGAUUGACAAGAGGAAAGACAAGGGAAUGAAGCCCAAGUCAAUAGAGGGUAAUAUUGAGUUCCGUAAUGUAAGAUUCAGCUAUCCAAUCAGACAAGAUGUACCUGUCCUUCGUGACCUCUCCAUGAAGGUCAACAGCGGUCAAAGAGUUGCCGUGGUUGGGUCAAGUGGGUGCGGCAAGUCAACCAUGGUCAAGUUGCUGCUACGCUUCUACAAUCAUGCAUCAGGCGAGAUUUGCAUAGAUGGAAUUGACAUCCGUGACCUGAAUGUGACCUGGCUGAGAGAGAACAUUGGUGUGGUGAGCCAGGAACCCACUCUCUUCAACUGUAGUAUAAGGCAGAACAUUGAGUUUGGACAUGAAGGCGUGAGCGAUGCUGAGAUAGAAGAAGCUGCCAAGAAAGCAAAUGCUCAUCAGUUUAUUUCAUCUCUACCUAAGGGCUACGACACCACGGUAGGAGAGCGUGGUGCUCAGCUGUCUGGAGGCCAGAAGCAGAGAGUAGCCAUCGCCAGAGCUCUGGUCAGGAACCCAAGGAUUCUACUCCUGGAUGAAGCUACAUCAGCCCUGGACAGUGAGAGUGAGAAACUAGUACAGGAAGCUCUAGAUAAGGCCCAAGAGGGGCGAACGACCCUGGUGAUUGCCCACCGUCUCUCUACAGUCCAGAAUGCUGAUCUCAUCUUUGUGAUGAAGGAAGGUCAUGUAGCUGAGUCAGGAAACCACAAGGAGCUCAUGAACAGAGAGAGUAUCUACCGGCAACUUGUCACACUCCAGAUGUUCAAAAAGCAAGAUGAAUCCAUUCUGAGUGAUGAUGAUGUAAGGAGCCUUGGUCGUCAGUCUUCUCUUAAUGAUUCAGUGCCUUCAUCACCAUCAUCUGACUCUGUUAAAUAUAGCAGUGUUAAUGAUGAACUCAUUGUUCCAGUGAAUGGCAAUGGGAAAGUACACAUGGGAGAGGAGGAGCCUUCCAUUAAAACCAAGAAAAAGAACAAGAAACACAAGAAAGAGAAAACCUUCACAAGUGUGCCUAAGCUCUCGUAUUGGGACAUCUUGAGACUGAAUAAACCUGAGUGUCAUUACAUCAUCAUUGGAUGCAUCUUUGCUGCGUUCCUUGGUGCAGCUCUACCCACCUUGGCUAUUCUUCUUACUGAGAUCAUUAGGAUAUUUAGUUUGCCACCCGAUGAGAUGGUCGCUGCAGCUUCUUUCUGGUCCCUCAUGUUCAUUGUAUUGGGUGUAGUGCGAGCUGUUAGUAUCUUCGUCAGUAUGCUCAUGUUCAGUAUCUCAGGAGAACUCCUUACUCUCAGGCUCAGAAAGAAAGCAUUCUGGGCAAUCUUGAGACAAGAUGCAGCGUGGUUUGAUGAACCUGAGCAUAACACAGGUUCUUUGGCUAAUGUACUCGCUACUGAUGCUUCCAAUGUUCAAGGGGCUACUGGUCUUCGCAUCAGCACCCUCAUGCACGAGUUUGUGACCGUGCUCAUCGCUGUUAUCAUUGCAUUUAUCUAUGGCUGGCAGCUGGCCCUGUUCACAUUAUGUGCUGUUCCUCUCAUGACAUUCUGGGGACGUAUUCAGAUGGCAAUGUUAACAGGCACCCAGAAACAAGACUCACAUCUUCUCCAAGAAGCAUCAGAGAUUGCAAGUGAAGCGAUAGAAAACAUCACAACGGUAUCAUCCCUCAAUCUGGAGGAAAGAAUAUAUCAUUUCUACUGUGAAAAACUUCGUGAACCUCUCAAGAAAAUCCAGAAGCACAAGUUCUUCUUUGCCUUUGCAGUUUGUUGCUCCCAGGCAUCAGUGUUCUUCCUCUUUGCAGGGGCCUUUAGGUUUGGUGGUCAUCUAGUAGCUAUCGGUCAAAUGUCCUCAGAUGCUAUGUUUAAGGUGAUUAUUGUGAUCACCUAUGCAGGUAUUGCAUUAGGCCAGGCAGCAGCAUUCAUGCCAGACUUCAGCAAGGCUAAAAUGUCAGCAGCUAAGCUCAUCACACUGAUUGGUCUCAAACCAACCAUCGAUAACUACUCCACAGAAGGACUCAAGCCACUAAAGAUUGAUGGCGCCAUCAAGUGCAAUAACCUGACCUUCAGAUACCCCAACCGUCCUGGUAGCACUAUUCUGGACAGUCUGAAUCUAAACAUAAAACCUGGUCACACAAUGGCUUUGGUUGGUGAGAGUGGAUGUGGGAAGAGCACCAUGGUUGCGCUGAUGGAACGCUUCUAUGAUCCUAACUGUGGAUCCAUUCAACUUGACGGGAAUGACCUGCGUGACCUGAACAUCGGGUGGCUUCGGUCUAAUAUGAGUAUUGUAAGCCAGGAGCCAGUGUUAUUUGCUUGUUCUAUCCGUGAUAACAUUGCCUAUGGUGUGGAAGAUGAGCUCCCUCAGGACGAAGUGGAAAGGGUUGCUAAGAUGGCUAAUAUCCAUGAUUUCAUCAUUUCUCUGCCUUUGGGUUAUGAUACUCUAGUAGGAGAGAAAGGAGCUCAGUUAUCUGGAGGUCAGAAGCAAAGAGUAGCCAUCGCUAGAGCUCUGGCUAGAAAUCCUCGUAUCCUUCUGUUUGAUGAAGCUACAUCAGCACUGGACACUGAGAGUGAACAGAUUGUACAGAAUGCACUGGACAAUGCCAUGGAUGGACGAACCUCGAUUGUUGUUGCCCAGCGUCUCAACACCAUUCAGAAUUCUGACCAAAUCGCUGUUAUUCGGGAUGGAAACAUCGUGGAGCAAGGACGUCAUCAGGAGCUGGUCUCAAGAAAGGGCCACUACUACACCCUCACAAUGGGCCAACAUAGCUAGACACAGCACUCUCUUUCUUUCAUCUUUCACCUCAUUAUCAUUGAUGUGUAUAUUUAUUUACCUGACUGCAAAGAUAAGAAAUGUAUGCUUGUAGAUGUAAUCUAUAUCUCGAAACCCUGUCAUAGGGAAUUCAUUAUUCAGUAUUGUAUGGCUCACUUUAAGAGCUUUAAAACAGCAACUCAGUUCUGAACCGUAGGCGGGCGGAGGGGUUACGAGACUAACGUUCUAUUCACUUAGCUAAUACAAAGCAAGCUGAUCACCUUAUUUGUGCCUUGGAUGAAGGCUGAUGAAUCCUUUGAGAAAGCUACAGAAAGAACAAUACUACUUCUGAGAGACUUCCUUAAUUACUUUUGAUGUUUUUCUUUACUUGGACUGAGAUUGUUAUUGUCAGUCUUAAUGUAUCCAAAGAGCACACCUUCGUAGCGAAUAACCUAAAUGUUCACCAUAUUGUAAUAAGUAGGAUGUCUUUGUAAGGUGUGAUGCUUGUUGAUGAUUCAUGCUAAUACAUGUAUUGUUGAAAUGCAUCCGCAUUAUUGAUGUGGCAGUAUGUACCUUUUAGAGACCAAGCCAUGAAGCUACAGUACUACAUUGAGGUACUUCUGAAACAGCUCCCAAGAUCAUAUAAACAUAUCCGUGGUAUAUCACCAAUAUCUGGGAUCUGAAGCAUUUGGAUCAUCAUCUUAUAUCGAGACCAUUUCAAUAGUACUACAGUGAUAAUGCACCAUUGGCACCUUGUCAUAUUGUGACCUUUGAUGCUCACGCUCACAAUGUUCAACAUCAAAGAUUUUCAAGCAUACACCCUAUCAACUCUGGAUAUUAGAACAAUUGUUAAUUUUGUCAUUUUGACAUUAUUACAGCAAAUUUGAGUUGUACUUCCAAAGCUCUCAUUAUUAAUAUUUGACUCGUAUGAUCAAAUGUCUCUACACAAACACACACACAAAAUAAAAUUUCUUAUUUUAAGUUAAGAGAGGAAAACAUGGGUGAUGGAUUUUUAAAAGAUAAUUAAAACUGCUUGAUGAAUAACUGAGAAAUGAUAUUGAGUUUGGAUCUACAGAUAAAGAUGAGAGGGGAUUUUAGUUAUAAAUUGAGAGUGGAAGAAAAGAAUGAAAAUUCUAGGACAGAUGUGACUAGAGCAAUAUAAUUUUAAAAUCUGAAUAUGUUUUUUCUUCAGUUCUAGAAGAUGGUGCAAAUUCUCUGUGUAAAUAUGUGUUUCUUUGUAAUGUGCAAAUAGAUCAUAGUACAAAUAUCACAAGCUGAUUUCAAACAUGAUUAUGAAAAUGAUUUGUUAUAUGAAGCCUGUGAAUUCUAUCUAUUAAUAUUGAUAUAUAUAUACCAAUAUGUUGUUUGUGAUUGUCUAUGCACCAGGUAUUAUGUAAUCAACUAAUCAGCCAUGAAUCUGCUUCAUUGUUCGCUGGCUUAGAAGACCUGUUUUAAUGAUAAUAAUCUUAUAGGACCAAGAGGUUGCAGAUGAAUUGUGGCACUAUGGUCAUCCUUGUGGGUACUACAAAUGAAACUGCAGGGAGAUACAAUGAUGAAUGGUUUCAACUGAUGUCAUGCACAAUAUCUUUACAAUGAAUCCUGUCCAACUUGUAUAGAUAUACUCUACAACUCAACAGAAAGAAAAAUUUGAUGUUGAUUCUGUUUUCUGUUUAUUGUUUGUUGUUGUUGCUUCCCGGAAGCUGUUACAGAGAAAUGUUUCAGAGGAAACCAAGAAAAGAGACUGGGGUUACUAGUUGAAAGGGGGUGGAUGAUGGGGUUGGGUUGCUACAUAGGUUCUGACUGAACAGGCCACUAAAGGUGAAAUAUUAUGGUAAAAAAUGUUGGUUUAUUCCUUAGGUUUGAUUGUAUAGCGGUCACUUGAAGAAAAAUGAGAAAGAAGUCUAUUGCUGACAACCAAGAAGGUUUGAGCUGUGCAUUAACAGAUAUGGUUUAAUACCUUUCUACCUUUUCAACAUUCAUGCAUGUUAGGUAACUCUCUAGCCAAAGAUAUUAGUGAUAUAGUUGGUUUUAUUUGCUGAUUCUUUUUCUUGCAAGUGUGCACAUUCUUCCCUUUUGAAAAAGCCUUACCAUUUGAAUGUAUGAAAGUUGUAUGUUUUUUUUUUCUAUCAUUGAAUUAUGUGUUCUAGCACUUCCUGAGAGAACUUCUCAAGUUAGAUUAUUUAUACAUACCACAUGUAAGAAUUUAUUUCUUGAUUAAUAGAUUCAUUAAAGAUUGAAGAUUGAACAACUAAACUUCUGUUUUUUUCUGAACAUUCCACUGUAAUUAAUCAGUAAUUCAGGGAACAUUUCAGUAAGCUGUUAAGUCCCAUGUACUUCAUAUUGUGUUGGUAAAUAUCUUGAUGUUUUUGUGGUUUGAACAGCAAGUUGAUUCAGGCUUUUUCUUGGUCUGAAUUUAUCAGUAAAAUGUUUUCUCUGAUGAUCAAGCCAUUACAUACACAAUACGUACUUGUUAUAAAAUUUGAGCUUAAAGCAGUAUUAAGAUGUUGCCAUCUUCUAGAUUUAUUGUGGUUCCUUAGAUCAGAAUUUUUCUGAGGUAUGUUUAAAUAGGACCACUCAUUUGUAUGUUCAAUCUUCUCUCGCUUCUCAUUGUUCUCUAGAGUUUUGUAUAGUUGCUGUUGUUUUGCUUGCAUUUCUCUCUAUUUCAUGAUAACAGUGAAAAUUACAUCAGUAUCUGUUAACGUUCUAUCUCAACAUUAUCUGUUAACGUUCUAUCUCCGUCUUUAAUAGUACUAUCUCUUAAACAUUUGCUUAGUUUGUAAAUAUUUGACAACAUUGUAAAUAUCUUCAAAGCAGAAGUAUUUGUAGGAAGUAAAAAUAUGGUUUAAGUUUUAUAAUUUGAAUCGUCUUGCUAUGUAUCUCGAUGCAAUGCUUAAAGAUAUAUGCUUUAUUAUCAUUUUCAUUAUUAUUGUCAUUCACCAACAGUUUGCCAAUAAAAUAUUUCAUAUUACUGCAUUGAUAUUAGACGUGCAUGUAGAUGUAGUUCUUUUGAAAUCACAUCUUUAUACAUCACUUUUAACUAUACUGACUACUGCUAUAUGAUUUUAUAUUAUUUCUCAAUCGUUAAGUAUGCAUGCAAUGUAAUUAGUUAAUGAUAUUUAUGUUUUGUUUUUGAAUUACUCUCAGUUUUGAUUACCAGCUGCUGUAGACUACACAUACAAGUUAGACAUUGCUCAACUUAAUGUGUUGAUUUGUAAAAUACAUGUGUGAUCAAUAUAUAAGUGUGUGACACAGAUAUCUAGCCAGCAAUUGUGACAUAAAUUAUGAAAUGGGCAUUUAUUUUAAUGGUCUAUAAAGGGGUCUGGUAACUUUGUCUUAAAUCCUUUUGAAAAAUCCUUGAUUUAGCUCAUGCUGCAAUGAUAAUUAUAAACCUUCAGGUCAGUCAGGAACCCCAUGACUUUUACAAGCCGAUUGCCUGUCUGAUUACCAAGAUAUUUAUGAUUGAAAAUCAAAAAACAACUUUUGCGUUUGCCAAACGAUUUUCAUUACCCUCCAGUCUAUUGGGGAAAACAAGUAUGGUAAAACCGGUCACUCAAAGUGUUUUUCUUUUUUGAUGCACUUCUUGAUCAUUUUGAAGCGCAAUUUUUUUAGGGCUUCAAUAUAACACCAUAUCACAGACACUAAUAACACGUAGGGCCGUGCAUCUCAAAUUUAACAUUGUUAACGAUUCUAGCAUGAAACACAAUAUGGUAAUACAUGUACAAUAAAAAUGGACAUGGUGUGCAGAAAUACUGCCCUUUCUUCUCAUGUAUCUGGUAUAAUUUUUAAGGCUCUGAAUCAAAAGUUAUUGAGCCAAACCACAAAAUGUGAAAUGAUUAGCGCAAAAAGGUUCAACUGCAAAUGUGCACCACAAAAGGGAUUAUUCACAUACAUGUAAAAUUGACCUACAUUCUGGUGAGGACAACGAUUGCAAGUCCCAAAAACUUUAAGAGGCGCGAUAGCUCUGUCGGUAGAGCAUUGGUCUCGUUAUCCGGUGACCCGGGUUCAAAACGAAGUUGAUGCGCUAGUGCCCUUUGGUAAGGCAUUAAUCCUCAUUACCAGGUCCCUCAGAGAGGACCUUAAGCCGUCGGUCUUCUGGUUGCUUACUAACGAGCAUUUAUUGCUUUCUUAGCUGUCAGGUAAAAUAACCACCACUAUCUGAAUGUUAGAAGUAGAAAUGAAUGACAUAGACGAAACAAACAGUGAUAGAAGGGGUAUGUACUAAAGCAAGCAAGGUAAAGUACUUAUGAUGCACGAUGGAUGGAAACUACAAUUCAGACUGGUAUACUCUUGCUCCAUUUCACAAUGUUUUUAUAAUUUAAUUUUGUGUCAAUUUCCCUGUAAAAUAAAUCAAAAAGGCAUGUAAAGCUUCAAGACUGUAAUUACUUUCUACUCUGUAUGCAUUUCAUGUUUUGAAGUACCUCUCUUUAAAUUAUUAUGGAAUGGAUGGGCUCCAUGAGUCCAUGUGUAACAUCUGUUCCUUUUAUUCUAUUUAUGUGCAUGAAAUUUGAAUGUGAAUAAGAAAGUUUCCAGAUAGACUUGUAAUGGAUACAGUAACCGUGAAAUUACUUGUACAUGUAUGAUACUAAUUAUCUUCCAUUUUGUGGAAGUCUGUUUUAUGAAUUUGUUUUUAUUAUUUGUAGUAUUGAUAGUAGUAUUAUUGUUGUUGAUAUUAUGAUAUAGAAUAUUUAAAAAUCAAUCAAUAAUGAGAAGCUGAAUGUGUUUGGGAUCAGCUUUGAGAUGUAAUAUUGUGAAUUAUUGUAUAAUAUUCUGUGACAAAAUUUUAAAAAGCCAGCAUAAUGUUGAAUGUAAAAUAUGAUUUAAAGAAUGAACUGAAAAAUGCGAAGCUGCAGAUUUUUAGAUGAUUGGAUGAUCAGGGGUAUUUGUGACUUCAAAGGAUGAAGGGGUGGGGGAUAGCAAUCAUUAAUUUGCUAUUAUUCAACAAAUAUAGUGCUCUUGUGUAGCUUAAUGGAACAAUUUUAACUGUUUAAAAAAAAUCAAACAACUUGUGUAUGAUGUAGAGGACAAUACUGAAAGAAGUAUCAAUGCAAUAUAUGGUGUGAUUCUCAGCUAGGUGAUCAGCUGUUGUGUUUCAAAAUUUCAUAUGCAGCACAGAACAAUUGUAGUUGUUUUAAAGCUUUAUUUUGUGUUUCUUUUUCAUAAGAAACUGUGUGCAGUGAUACUUUAGUUACAAAUAUAUAACAAAGGAUAUUAUUGCAAUAACAGUACCAAAGACACUAUUUGUGAUUGCAUUUGAUCUGGAAGUGGGAGAUUUGAUUUAUAUACCUACAGUGCUUAUACAAGAAAUUUCUUUUAACCCUAUGAAGUUUUUGUGCAUGGUCGCUGUAGAGUGACGGUGUUUUUUGGUGAUUGUCAAACUAUGAAAUACAAGAGGAAUUUUCAGAAUUGAUUAAUGUGAUCCACUAAAACGCUGAUUAUCUGUACCAUGCCAGUGCCUUAUAUGGAGAAUAUCAUGCAUUCCAAAUUUGGAAUAUGCAAGAGAGUCUUUCACUUGUGUGAAUGACUUGGCCAAUUCCAUUCCAAUUAAGGGGGUGUUUAUUGAGGUUAUUGUGUAAUUAUGUUAGUAAUUACUUGACUUUUGAAAUGAAUGCUUUGAUCUUCAAUCAUGGCUUAGCUUGGUAUUAAUUAUCAUUUGUGUAUAGCAUGAAACAUUGGAAUCUACCAUUAAAAUGACGGUUGUGUGUUUAUAUUUAAAGGGCACUCAAUCCUGAUUGAUAGGGAAAUCUAUGUAACAAAUUUAUCUUUUUGUGUUUUUGUUGUAAUUGAUAUUUUUGCACCGGUCCUGCCGAUUUUUCUUUGUGUGUUAGAAAACAGUUUGAUUAUAUUACUAAGCAGGUUUAUAUAUGUAUACAUGAAUAUGAGAUGAUAUGUACAUAAAAUAGUUCAAGGACAUGCUCAUAUGCAUGUUCAAGUCUAGUAUGCAUAUGCUCGUACAUGACGUUAUAUUAAAAUGUUACUUAACCAUUCUUUCUAGUUGAAAAAAAAAUAAAGAAAAUGGAAUAUUAUAGAAAAGCA